AUGCCAGGUAAUAGCAAGACGCUGCGAUUGAGGGAGGUGUUCCGUUUCCGCUCCAUGCGCCGCCAUCGGGAGAUACGGGAAAGCCAGGCCGGUGGGUCUACUGCGGCUCGAGAGUCGAAUGAUGCCGUCGACUUGACUCAUCCUCCUACCGCUGUCCCAAUCGUGUGCGUCCAGUGCGACCCAUCGGUAGAUGGUGAAGAGGAGAACUUUGAAAGAGAUCUCUACCGUGUUCGCAGCUUUAAAAGAACCUCCAAGGGACUCAUCAGUUUGGGUGACAGCUUCCGAUCAGGCAGCACCUCAUACUAUUGCCAUUCUUCCCACUCUCCACGCUGUUCGAAAACCAGUGCGAUCGCUUCGUUGGGACGCCAUUCAAGGCCCUCAGAAUCCAAUGCCAAGACACCGAAUCUCAGGGCUCAUCGGCAGGAGCGGCACUUUACCGCUUGCGAACUCGUCUCUGACAAUUUGGAAGGUGAACGCUUCUUUUCCCACUACAAGCCCACCUCACCUGAGGGCUCCUUGCGACGUCCUUCAACAUUUAGCCUCUCAAACGUCGCGACCCCUGUCAAGGUGCAGAUUCUCGGUGGUCCCACGGUAGGCAAGACCAUGCUCUGUCGCCAAUUCCUCACUGCUGAGUUUAUGGGUGGCAAAACGGAGUCAUUUUCAGAGGACAGCAUAGAACGAUUCGUGGUGAUAGAGGUUGACGGGUGGAAUAGAAGUCUUAUGUUGAUCGACAACGUUCGAGAGGAGGCAGCAGAGGAAGCAAAUUCUGCUGAGGUGAACCUUGCCUUUUUCCCUCCGGCAAUCAACACCUUGGACGAACCCGUCCAUCGGCGGCGCGCCACUUCGGCCACCACCUCCAAUACUGGGUUCAGAGACAAAACGGAGAGCCAGCGACGCAAAUCAAGCUUCUGUGAUCUCAAAGCGGAAGUCACAGUGCUGAAUACGAAGGGGCAGUCUGAGAGUGUCCCUCCAUUGGAGGGUUCGCCCCCUGUUACGUGUACCCAAUCUAAGUGGGCUAUUCAUUUUCUACCGGCUCUCCCUCAGUACCUCUUCCCGGCUGUUGUCGAUGCCGGUGUAACCCCGGAAGCUAAGUUACAAGAAUACAGCGCUACUUCUUCCCAACUCGUCAAAGAAAUCAUCCAUCGCUAG